AUGGGCAAGAGCGUACUUGGAAUAAAUGCCCAAUAUAUUGAAGAUUUCAAGAUAUGUAUACAUACUUUGGGUAUGGUACGGCUCAACAAAAGGCAUAAGGCAGUAUUUAUAAAAGAACAAGUAAUCAACUGUUUAGAAAGUUAUGGCUUAGAACUACAGCAAGUGUACUCCAACACCACUGACAAUGGAGCCAAUGUUAUAAAGGCCAGUAAAAUACUGCAAGACGAACAGGAAGCUAAAAGUUUGGAAGAGUCGGAUACUGCCGCAGAAGAGGAGGAAAAUUUACACCGCACCAUAGAGUCAGUAUUUUCAGUAGUAAGAUGCGCAGCUCAUACUCUACAACUUGCUGCGUAUGACGUCCUAAAGACACUAGGCUCUUCGUUGGAGGACUGUAGAAACCUUAUUAAGAAAGUGCGUACUUUAGUUCGCACGGAAUCUAGCCAUAUGCAAAUGCCAGUACUAGAUAACUUAACGCGGUGGAACUCCACAUAUGAAAUGCUAACCUCACUGCAGAAAAUAAAAGAGUUCAUAGAGCAGCAAUGCCCUGACAGUGAAGAUUUCCACUGGGAAUUUGUAGUAGACUUUAUUAAAGCUUUUAAACCUCUUGUCUUAUGUACAAAACGGAUGCAAAGCGAACAAUAUGUGGUUGGAGACUUUUACAGAGAUUGGUUGUCGUGUGAACUAGAGUUGCAUGAUCUUGGUUCUACAGUCUCAUACGCUGCGCAGCUGCAUGAUGCGAUGAAAAGCCGGAAACAGCCUUAUGAGCAAUAA